AUGCCUAAGAAACGACACCUCACCUACUUGAAAUCGCCACAAGCGCCGUCGCCUUCUGGCGCAGUCAAAAACAAACCCAACAAGUCCGUCAACGAGCUGCUCACACAGCUACGUCACACAUCGCUCGCAUCCUCGUCCACGCCAGGACCCCCUGCAUCGUCUCCUCUGCAUGCCAAUAUCCCGACUGUGCCCCCGGCUUUGAGGCAUAUUCUGCAAAUUCCAGAGACGCCCGCCCCCCGUCCUCGGCGUACUCUCAGGCCCAGGUUCGAUUGCCAUGGUCGUCGCCUUCCCGCGGGGCCCCCUCCCCCACGUAGCUGGACAUCGCCUUCCCAUGGCCAACAACUAGCACCUCUGCCUGAGUGUCAAGCUGAAUCUCGCAAUGCGUUGGCCAAUAUUUCCUUGCCAGGGAUGCAUCAUCCUUCACCCACCAGUCUGAUUGGCCUCGUCAUCGCUCGACUCGCCGUGAACUGGGAUUUCCAUCGUGCUUAUGAUCAGCACUACUUGUGCGACGUUCCUUGCCAUCUCAAACCAGCGCUAAUGCGGGAGAUUUCUAUCCACAGCCCUGCCGGCCUUGCUCUCGGUGAUAUCAAGACCUUGCUCUUGCGCCGUAGCCAGGGUGACAACGACAAUCAUGAUGGAGGGGGUCUGCCUCUGCUUUCGGUUAUCGACCCCGAACUUACUGCUCUGGACCUCACUGGGUCCUUGGGAAGAUCAUUGGCCCUGAGAGAUGUGACCGCGCUGCUCUUCCCCGCUCGGCCGACUGCGCCGGUUCCGGAGGAGACGCAAGAUUCCUGGGACGCUAAUGAGGACAUACCUCCUGCCCGCCCAUCUUAUGCACUCAUGCCCAAUCUAACUCACGUUUCUCUCGCGAUUCAUCCCGAGCACACGGAAAACGCAUCGUGGCGUGACCUCCUGACCCUGGCUCCCCGGCUUGGCUCAAUUACACACCUCAGCCUAGCCUACUGGCCUGAGCCUUGCCUCUUGCAGAGUGCCAAGCUUGCUACUGUUGGCUCCCCUCAAGGCUACCGCAUCCCAUAUGGCGGCACAAACUACUACUCCCAUUCGAUCGAUCAUGACUGGAGCGAGGCGCUGCUCGUGCUUAAGAAGCUGAGCCAGAGUCUCUACACUCUUGAGUUUUUAGAUCUCACUGGAUGUGCUUCUUGGUUCCAAGCUUUAAAGCUCGCAGACGAGCAUGACUAUGUUGACUGGGUCGGAAGUUGGGGCAAGAUAACGCGUCUUCGCCUCAAGAUGGGCUGGGCCUUGGCAGAUGAUGCUGAACCUUCAACCAGAGCUGCACAUCGAGACGCAGCCGAAACGGCUGUUUCUGUCGAGAGACAUAUUACUACUGCCAGGGGCGGUAGAGGACGCUUCAUCACAGUCGAACGGUAA